UCGCAAUUGAAUAUGGAUGCGAUCACGGCAUUCACGACGGAUGGAUUGGCGUCGGCGAAGGCGGCAGAUCAGCUCUUUGUUACUCUAACGUACGCCCAGAGUCUGGACGGAUCCAUUGCUGCCACGCGAGGACAACCCACCAUUCUCAGCGGUGCUGCCUCCAUGGCGAUGACCCAUCAAUUGCGCGCCAUGCACGAUGGUAUACUCGUUGGUAUCGGGACUGUUCUGGCCGACAAUCCGUCACUCACUGUUCGUUUGGUCGAAGGAAAGAAUCCACAGCCAUUGAUUGUUGAUGGCGACCUUAUUUGCCCCCUCACAUGCAAACUUUUCACGCACCCGACGUGCACGAAGCCCUGGCUGCUUACCGUUGACGAUGGGUGGAGCAAAGAUAAACUGGCGCGAAAGGCUGCGUUGGAAGCCGCUGGAGCUAUCGUCAUAUUGUGCGCUGCCUCUUCAACUCGUCGUGUACACCUCGAGGACGCUUUCCGUCGCGUGCAUGCACGUGGCAUUGCGAGCGUGAUGGUCGAAGGCGGGGCAUCCAUUCUAACAAGUUGCCUCGCUGCGCAAGCUACCAACUGUCGGGUACUCAGCCACGGCAUUGUCACGAUCGCUCCAAUCUUUAUCGGCGGCUUGCAUGGUGUUACGACGCUGCUUCCAGCAUAUCCGCGUCUUCAUCCUGUGCAAAUGGCACCUUUCGGCAACGAUAUCGUGAUGUUUGGGCCCUUCGUUCCACCGCAAUAGGCACCCUCUUUAGGCCGUCACCGUCGCAGCCACCUCGGCGUUCGACAACACUUCUGUAGCGUUCUACACAACAAGCACAUAACGACAGGUGCAAUCUAUCCACCAGGCUGCGCAGAUCAAGAAGGAGACCUCACUCGCAGCACCUGCCUCCGUUUGGGCGACAGACUUUACUGUGGGUGCUUUCGUGCCGCCGCCUCAGCAUGACCUCGGAGUGACCCAGGAAUCAAAUCGAAUUCUCA